AUGCCUCCACGGCUGCAACUGCUGUCGCUCCCGCGGCCGCAGGGCUGGUUCUCGAAAACUGCCCAGCCAUUCAACUCGCCAUUGUCGUUCCUGCUCCCGCAGCUGCAGCAGCAAAGCCGCAACGCCCACAUCCUCGCUUCGCUUUCCGAUAACCCGGGUGCGUACAGUAAGAAGAUCCGACGCGGUCGGGGUCCGGCUUCAGGGAAGGGAAAGACGUCCGGACGGGGCCAUAAGGGUCAGAAGCAACAUGGAAAGGUCCCCACGGGGUUUAACGGUGGACAGACGCCGGAGAAUGUGGUCCAUGGAGAGCGUGGGUUUACAAACAUUUUCACCGCCGACCUGGCGCCCGCAAACCUCGACCGCAUCCAAGAAUGGAUCGACCAAGGCCGCAUCGACCCAACCCGCCCUAUCACCGUCCGCGAACUCGCCCAAUCCCGCUGCAUCCACCAACCCAAAGAAGGCGUGAAGCUCCUCGGCCGCGGCGGCGAGGGCAUCCUUAAACAACCCAUUCACAUCGUCGUCUCGCGCGCCUCCGCUUCCGCCAUUGCUGCCGUCGAGGCCGCUGGCGGCUCCGUGACGACCCGCUUCUACACGCGCUCCGCAAUCGUCCGCAUCAUGAACCGGGAAAUGCACCCGUUCGUCUCGAUGGCAUGGACUACGAAGAGUGGCAGUGAGGACUUGCACAAGGCGGAGGGGGCUGAGGGGGCUGAGGCGUUGACUGAGUCGAAUAUCAUGAAGGAGAUGGGGUUCCAGUACCGGCUGCCUGAUCCGACGAAGCGUCGGGAUAUUGAAUACUAUCGUGAUCCCGCGCAUAGGGGGUACUUGAGUCAUUUGCUCAAGCCUAUGGAGGGACCCAGUUUGUUCUUCCGUUCGCCGGUGGGGAGGAAGUCGACGGCAGGUGUCAAGAAGGAGAAGGUGUUGCCGGAGAACAGACUUUGGUGA